AUGAAUUCUAACACAACAUUUAAUGCAAGGGACACAACGCCUUUUCCGUUCUAUUCCAGCCAGCUGAAUGAUGUCACUGAUGCAUUGAAUGAGAGCUAUGCAAACGUUUCUACAGACAACCCAGAUACGGUGCAGUCACUCGACUUCUGGAUCGUAAAGAUUGUGCUUUACGGCGUUAUUCUGCUAGGAAGCUCUAUAGGGAACAGCCUUGUUAUUUAUAUCAUCGUCAGUAACGUCCGAAUGAGGACAGGAUCCAACUAUUUGAUAAUGAACUUGGCGCUGUGUGAUUUUGUCACGCCGGUUUUCAGCAUUCCUUUUGAUUACUUUCUCGAAGAAUAUAACUACAUCUGGAUGUAUGGCACAGUCAUGUGCAAAAUUCUGUGGCCGUUGACAACCUUGUCUUCUACGUCGGCUGCUUUAACCCUUGCAGCGAUCGCGCUUGAUCGCUAUCGUGUGAUAAUGCAUCCAUUUCGAUCUCGUUUGACGAAGUUUAAAAUAAAAUGCAUUAUUGUCGCAGUUUACGUGUUUUCACUAUUGGUGGUAACUCCGUACUCGUACGUUCUCGAUCUGAAAGGACAUCAAUGCCGUGAAAUAUGGCCUGAUAUCUCGUACAAGAAGUACUACACCCUGGGACUUUUCCAUGUGCAAUAUUUCCUUCCUCUGAUUUUUAUGGUGUUCAUGUAUUCGCUUGCGCUGAAAAACUUGUACACUAGCGCAGACAAGACUAGCGGCCAGAAAGCCGAGCAAGAACCGGCUGCUGUCAGCCGAAAAGUCAGUCGGACAUCAACGAACUCACGGCGAUCGUCAGUAGCCGAAACUGAGCCGAAACUGAAAAAGGUUUCGUCCACGGUGCGUCUGGUGCGCAAAUUCUCUUCAACUGUCAGGAGAGGGAAGACAGAAGCAAACAAAAGAGCAACUAAGAUGUUUAUGGCCGUCGUAGGAGUUUUUACUAUUUGUAUGUUCCCCAAUCAAGCACUUUGGCUAUGGGCGGACUUCUACAAUAAGGGACAGAAUCCAAGGUUCUUAAACGCGGUUAUAAUCUGUUGGCUAUUCACGUAUGCUAAUAGUGUCUGUAACCCAGUUAUCUACGCUGUUUUUAGCCGGGACUUUCGUCGAGGCUUCAAAAGAGCUUUUAGAAAAGUGUUCUGUUUACACCGCCGCAAAAAACGACAGGUGUAUAAAACAGACAUGGUGGAAACUUUGACAACAGAAUUGAAAUGCGUAGCUUCUGGAGAGACAGAGAAACGAAAAAGAAAAAAUGCUACUGUCCAACGACCUAAGCUUUAUCUUCUGUGAUCGUUAAAUUAAUGCGCAGAAGAAAAUAAGUUUCAGAAAUGAUGUAAUAUAUAAAGGUUUGCAAAGUAACUAUAACGUCAGGAAAGAAAAGAUCGCCUUACAGUAACGCACAAAAUUAUCCUUUGCUUUAAAAAAAAAAAAGCUUUUAGCUGCAUUUUUCUUAAGGAAAAAAAUGGCAAAAAUAUGUUUAACAAAGCAAAUUGCAAUGAAACAUUCGAAGAUAAAAACUUUGGGCGUAGAGAAGAUUAACUUUAGAUAUAGACACUUGAUUUGUGAACAAGGUUAAAAAAAGAUGCUAAAUUAUAGUUGGCGACCAAUGACGAAAUUUUUGUCCUAAAAAAGGAAAAACUAGACAGAUUUCUGAAGCUAUCAACUCUGAUAGCUUUUUUUACUGUAAAACGAAACUAUAUUUGUUGUGUUUUUUUGAAUACGGCUCCCCUUGUGGAAGAUUUUGUGGAUUAACAGAAGUUUCAUGGUCUAGCAAACUUUUAGCAAUGGGAAGAUCUUAAAAUUCUUAUAAAACACUCAGAUAGCGUGCUGGAAUAGCACUUAAAUUAGUAAUUUGGAGGUUAAUAUCAAUGGUAUGUUGCACAUAGAAUGUCUAGUGUUACCUGGUAUCAACUUGAGCAGCUUUAUGUUUCCAAGUGUCACUUGAGAUUUCUCCGCAGCUGGUGAAGAAAAUUUGUCUCAUUAGUAGAGACUGAGGGAUGAGUAAUUGCAUUUACAUCCGACGAUGUCUGUUCCAUGUGGUAUAAUUUGUUUUUGUAUUCCAAAAAGAAAGUUCUGUAAUUCUGCAUUCUGUCAUGCACAUGCACUCGUUAAAAUAGACAGAAAGUCUGCUCUAUGAUUUAUUUCGCUUUUAAAUUACGAUCUACUAUUUCAGAUCUUUGUCUACAGCCGGUAGAUUAAAAAAAAAACCUAAAAAAAAGCGAGUAGAAAAUUCAUACCUCGAAUUAUCAUCAUUUCUACUGUUGAGAAAAUUAGUUAGAUUCUAGUGACAAAAGAUUUAGCUCGUAAACAGAUCCAUCAACAUCGUCCAUUAGAGGCAGUUCACCGGUUGACUUACGUUUUCAUUGAAAUAUCUUCCGUUUUACAGUGACACGUCCUCUUACAAAAUUGGCCAUUUUCGAGCUCCGAGAGCCCUUGUAAAACUCAUAUCUUUCAUGGUAAUAAUAUACACUCAAUGCGUGGCCCCGAGGGAAACAGUUAGUUUUGUUUUCCGAGGGUCCUGAUGUUUCCUGUGACGAAGUUGAGGGAAACAUCCAGACUCGAGGGAAAACAAAACUAACCAGUAAUGAUUUUAGAUAUAUAUUUAUAUAUUUGCACUGCGGUGAAGAAACGAAUUUAAGAGCUCCUCGCCGCUAAGAACACUACUGGACUAGCAGUUGAAAAUAAGACCUGAAAAAAUUUCAUUCAUUCGUUUCCUCACCGCAGUGCAAAUAUAUGAAUUUCAUGUAUCUAAAAUCAUUGUUCAUCUCUUGGAUGGUUUAUUUGGACCCAACAUAUUGACCAGCUCCCAGUUGGCUUGUUAGCUCAGUUGGUAUAGCGCUGCACCGGUAUCGCAGAGACCAUGGAUUCAAAUCCCGUACGGGCCUGAAUUUUUUUCAGGUCCAAUUUUCAACUACUAGUUCAGUAGUGUUCUUAGCUGCGAGGAGCUCUUAAAAGCUAACUGGUUUUCCGAGGGACCAUACAUUAAGUGCUUUGUUACAUAUUUAGACUUUCCCUUAAGCAAUCAUAUGGCAAAAACAUGCUGUUGUAUUCGGCGCACGGGAAACAACUGCGCAAUUGUAUCCCGGUUGAGAUGCAUUUGAAUUUGACCAGGGGCACGUGACCAAGAAUCAAUCAAUCACAGUGCUCGUUUUGUUAUGUGAUAGUCUCGGUAGAUAACAAUGAGUGUUAUAUGUACAAGUUAUUUGCUCAUAAAAUAGUUUAGAUCUACCCUCCUUGGUUUGAAACAGAGACAAGAGACAUCUCGUAAAGUUGGGGCACUCGACGCGCUCGGAAAGAAGGAGCACCUCACGAUUUUUUAUUUAUCUAGUUUUGUUUUGAAUCGCGCCACAGCCAGCGUCGAAAAAGAGGGACUACUCGUAGUCUAGACCAAGUUUUCAAGAAUCACAACUUUUGACAGACCUCAUCCAUAGCUGUACUCCUGUUUCAGGCAGUAAAUCUGUAGAACAAAGCGCGAGUGAAAAAACGAGAAAGACCUGGGUCGGCUAGGCAAUCCGACCCAGACCUCCAUGAACGCCUGUAGUUCACAGAGGUUCCGCUACCUCAAGUGAUAAUUAAAGUGACAAAUCACGUACAUGUGAAAGUCAAUCAAACAUCGUCAUUCUUCUAAUCCAUCCUUUGACCCACGAUGUUAUCUUUCGAGUUAAUGCACUUCCAUUCCACCCUGGAACCUGAUCAUCAAAUGUUUGAGUUAAAACUACUUCACGUAUACCCCGUAAGUCAUUUAUUAAGGAGAAGCUUUCCACUCCUCGUUUUCAUCAUGCGAAAUGAAAAUAGAAAAUUCAUUUCGUGCAGUUUCUCGCAUACGGAAACAACUGCUGUUUUCUUACACUGCGUGAACAAAAACAAAACGGAAUUUAAAGAGCAAACAAACGUCAAAUGGAUAUUUAAGAAAAAGGUAUCUUUUAUCUCAUCUUGAUUGCAAUGAUAGAAAGAAGUGAAAUUCAGUGAGGUGCGCAAAGCGGUCUUCUUUUAAUAUUUGGCAUAGUCCUUCAACUGUAUACUUGAAAACUCAAUUUAAUCAUACACAACCCUCGAGUUGCACAGGUUGAAGAAACUUUACAUUUCACUUAAGCUUUGAUAUGGUAAUUUUUUAAGGGCAUAGUUUCUCGAGUGAAUACGUCUGUGAUUUAAAACGACGAACGCAAAUUGUAAUCCUACGAUGUACGUGUUCAUUCUUCGUCGAUAUUUAAAAAAAAUACUCGGCCUAUUCGUGAUAGCAUUUUGAUUUGGCAUAAGGUUGUUCACUGAUUGUGAUAAAAACUUGUUUAUUUUGGAUAAGAUACAAAGUUGUGGAGUGAAAAUCUUCUUCGAGGUUAACCCCUAGCGGGAAUACCUGCACACACGGAACCAAGUGUGACGAGGUUAAAUGGAAGGGGAACAACUUGAGCGUGGGUGGUGAAAACUCGCCUCAAACGAUUAUGCAUCGUCACAACUACAAUACAUUUCGAAAGAAACUUUCAUUUCCAAAGUUUCUUGCUGUUGUGCUUAAAACUCGAUGGUCUACCAACUGGUUUAAACAUUUUAUGGCCUCUUUUGAAAUUACAAUUGAUUUUUCUAUCUCUGUAUUCCGUUACGUGCCUUUCCAUUUUCAUUUAGGGGGAGUUUUUUUCUCACGAGUGGGAGAAUUUUUCGUCAUAAUCGCUUUUUUUAGGCGCCGGAAAAUGUACCUAGCUUCUAAAUUCAUCCAUUCGUUUAGUGGACCAUUUACAUGAUUUAACAGCUCAUUUCAGAUACUUAAUUUUAGGCCUAAUUGACAUCUACUGCUUGUACAAUAAGCUCUGACGUAACAUUUUCCUUUCAGUAGGAACAAUUUCACACUUUACUAGAUUAGAGACUUUUAUAUGGAGACAUUUGGUCGCUUCUGGCUUAUUACUUUUAUGUUGUUUUUGUUUAAUAUAAAAUGCAAAAUAAGUAUAUUUCAUGUUACAAGAAGACGUUGUAAACACAAGUUUUAGUCGCGAAUUGAUUGAAUAGCUGCUGGGCUACCCUGGUAACCUUCCUAUUCAAAGUAUGGUUGAAUUGGUUGAAUUUAAUAAAGGUUAAUUUGCUAAGAUAUUUAACAUGUGGCUUGGCUUUCAAAUUGAUCUGGGAUUAGAAUUUUCAAUGAAAUUUAAACAAAGGGUUGGUAGCCGCUAUCAAAUGAUUUUAUUAAAAGGUUAUGAGGUCAGAGCUUGCUCCCCAAGUAGCCAUUUAUCGCCUGAAAGAUUUCUCGCGAGAAACAAAGGUUUUUGUAUUCUAACGCUUCAAUUCAGAGAAAUAAAGUACGAGAACCGUUAUUAUUUUUAUGAUGUGUUCAUAAAUAUUCAGGACGAAAACGCUAACACGCGAGAAGAUUUGUAUUAUGCGUAAGUUUAUAUAUAUCUCUUAAGAAAAAAGGGAUUUCUGUGACAGGAGAUGACAGUACACUUCAAAGGAAAGAUUUUAUCGAAAGCCUCUGAAAGAUAACCUCUCAGGAAUAAUGCGCUUUAAAGUGUUGCGUGUCGGAAAACAAAAUACGUCAAGCAAAUUAAAACAUCGAGUGAAACCAUGGACAAAAAUAGAAUUUACAAUGACUAAAGAUUGUUAGUGAUGCGCGAAUCACAAUUUUUGCAUCACGCAAGGCCAUUUUCAAUAGCGGGAUCUUUUCCUUCAAUUUACCGAUUAACAGCCACAAACUGGCGACUGCAAUUUAACAAUUAAAUCAGUUAAUCUAAUUUAAUCUGAGUUUUGGAGUUAAUUAAAGUAGCCAAGUUUUAGCAUUCGUUCCCGAAUACGCUCGUGAACCAUAGGUCAUCGUAGGACCUUUUUAAAAACUUUUAAAAGAUUACGAAUCAAAAGUUGAAUUACUUUUCAGGAUAUCGAAGCCACGAAAACGUAGGCGGGCAGUUUGCGUGCGUUAUCUGUCAAAUAACAACAUUAAUUCCAGAUUUUUCCUUUAAUCUUUUCUUUCUAUUUAAAAAAGAUUUCAUCUCUUCCCAUUAAAUCAGGAUUUUCAAGAAUGAGAUUACAUCAAGCAGUCUUUUAUCGGUUUAAGCAAGACUUUGACGAUUUGAAAGAAAAAUUAAACAGAACUUUAUCAAAUAGCACUAAACGUCAUCUUUACACCAUAAAGGGCGGAUAAAUGACGCCAAAUAUUUCCUGCACGGUUAUUUGAGUCACCCGCCUGUUAUUGUGAAAUGAUAAACUUUCUAACGCACACAGUUAAUUGUUAAAUCGCGCGCGCGCAUUCGUAAAGGCGAAACAUUAGACACGCAUCGAAUCGUGACCCUGCACUUCAGAGGUUUGGCCGAUUACAGCGACGUAAACUCGCUAAAAGCUGCUUCGAUCGUCAGUUGAGUCAAAUGGAACCCUUCUGUGCCACCAACUAUUAAGCUCUAACAGUGAAGAAAUUAUAAGUUCACAGUACGUUGGUAGAAGUGUCUUACAGCUUAAAAUGAAUAACAGCGAGGCAGUCUCAGCUGAACCCAAUGGAAGUGCUACCACUUUGUUGCCACGUGAUGUUCUGGGAGAAUCACAAGCCUUUAAUAUUACAAAGAUAUUCUUCUAUUUCAUUAUCCUGUCCGCGAGCACUUUUGGUAACAGCAUGCUCGCUCAUAUCAUCAUUCACACGAGAAAGAUGCAAACCGCAAGCAACUUCCUGAUCUUAAACUUGGCCCUCUGUGAUCUAGUAACGCCUUUGAUAAGCAUCGUGUUUGAUUUUAUCCUGGAAGAAAAUAAUUACGAGUGGAUCUAUGGUGAGGCCAUGUGUACAAUACUUUGGCCUACACAAACUUACUUUACUUGCGCGUCUUCGUUAACCCUUGCUGCAAUUUCGCUGGAUCGCUACAGAAUAAUUCUUCAUCCUUUCAAGAUCCGGCUCUCGAGCAAACAGAUAAGUUUGCUAAUUUUUCUGGUACAUAUAUGCUCGCUGGUCGCGGUCAUUCCUUACGGUUAUUUCCUCGUGCUGAGAGAUGGUUCUUGUGGGGAAAACUGGCCUAAAUUUUCCUACAGACAGGCUUACACACUAUUUUUGUUCCUAAUUCAGUACGCAUUGCCGCUUGUAAUAAUGAUAUUUAUGUAUACAAUGGCUGUCCGAGCGCUUUGUCAAACUUCGAAGAGAACACGCGACAAGUCAAUACGUGCAAGAACUCCGCAAUUUAUUGUCAAGAAACUUAAAUUUGAGGCCAAACAGCAAGAAAUACAACGUGGACCAUCUAAAACCCAUUACACAUUUAUCAGACGACUUAGCAAGCUCAAGACACGGGACAUUUGGAAGACUCCUAAUGCCAGAGCCACAAAAAUGUUCAUAGUCAUUGUGACUGUCUUUGCAAUAUUUAUGUUCCCUAAUCAAAUUGUGUGGAUGUGGGCAGAUUUCGGCGGAGGGAUAAAUCAUCCAAACUUCAGCAAACUUUCCAUCAUAUGCUGGUUGUUUACAUACACCAACAGCGUCGUAAAUCCGGUAAUUUUUGGUCUGUUUAGCAAAGACUUUCGCAAAGGUUUUAGGAGGAUUUUUCGGAGCCUGCUGCGCUGCGAGAGAUUAAUCGGCAAAGAGGAUCUUGUAAGAUCACGACGUCAAAGUACUAGCAAAACUCGUUCAGAAACUACGGAAUCACAUGGAAUGGAUUACGGGUCGUGUACAAAGGAAAGCAACUUGUCCUGUCUUUUUCAAGAUGAACAAAAGACACCCAUGUUGGAAAGAAAAACUUAUCACCAGUUUAAUGAAAUGUCCCCACCUUCACCUCAACCAAAUUUCGCUUCAAACAGAACCGCGAUAGAAUCUUUCGGCAAGCAAACGUUAUCGAGCCCGCCAAGGGCUUUUGAACUUGGAGAUGCGGCAGCUUGUCACUUUAAUGGCCCUCUAAGAGAAAAUUCUGUUGAACAAUGGCAUACUUUGUCUACUUCAGACUCUCACAUUUUGACCGAUGCGCUGAACAGUUCGCCGGAAACUAACUGUUAG